AUGGCCUACGAGGACGUGCCCAUGAAACUGGGCGCAGUCUCGAGCAACAGAGAAAGGUCUUCGCGAGCGCCGGCUAGCUCGAGAGAAGCAGGUCAGAUCGACAGGAGAACGGACGAAGAGAUCGCUAGGACGCUACCGUUGGCGAGUACGGCUGCGGGCAGACGAGACCGCACCACUUCACCUCCUCCUGUCACUUCUCCCACCCGAUCGAGUGGGCACAAGAAGCACCGUGACUCUAGCUCCAGAGCACCUGCUCCUCCGCCCAUCUCGACGACCUCUCCUCGCCGAAGCCAACAGGCGAGCGCCGACGAAACUUUCAGAAAGUCAAAGUCUCCUCUCAUGACGAGCUCGGGUGCCAAGAAAGACAACGCCAGCCCAUCCAGUCCUCCGCCGUCUGCAAAGUACUACCAGCAGACCCAAGACAGAGCGCAAGACCGUGCGCCCGACCGUCACAGAUCUCCGCCCACAUCGAACGCCGGACGAUCUUCAGCUCGGGCGAGCAAAGAUCGUUCAAAUUCGGGUUCACAGAUCGUCCCUCAGGCGGUCUACCUGCCUCAGCAGAUCUCUCAGCCUAUUCCGAGACAAGCUACUCAGCCGAUACCUGUGUCGCCUGUAGCACGUUACUCCGGCGUUCCGCUCGAGGAAUUGGCGCUCGCAGACGAAAGGGCCUCCAAUUCUCGCAAGAACCCGGUCGUGCCAGGUCAAGCUGCCAUUGCCGGCGCACUCGCUGCAGGCGCUCUGUCUGGACGCACUGCUGACGGCAGAACAGAAUCACCCAUGUCUCUCGUGAGUAGCAAUAUGGCCGGCAACCGCAAUUCGCAGGGCAGCACGCUCGUAGACGCACCGCAAGCUUCUACGGCUGCUGCGGGUCCUUACAAAGACUACGACCUAGGUGAAGGCGGCGAUCGCUACCUGUCUCGAGGCGUCGAGACCCCUUUGGGCACGCCCUUAUCGACUUAUCCGGAGGUCUUUGCGAGCUCUGGCGGUCAGCGGCCUGGUCUGUCACACAACCGGACAGCAACUUCCGAAUAUGGCCCAGGUCAGACGGAGACAUCGCCCAUGAUGCCUCCCUCAUUUUCGAGCAAUAUCUCACCUCACGCCUCGCGAGAGAAUCUACACGAUAACCCUCCCGGUGGCUACUAUUCCAGCACGAGUUUACGAUCGCCUUCGACGCUGUUUGAUCCAGAUAGCUCUCCCAGGCAGUCAAAGUUGUAUGACCCCAACUAUUCGUCCAACACACUAGACACACUCGGUGACGAGAAGCGCGCGUCAUCGUACUAUGGCUACGGGUACGGAUCUAGCGCCGCUCUCAACCGCACCGCCGGCGACGAGGGGAUGCCAGUGCUCGGGAAGAAUGGUCGUGGCGAGAAGAACGCCCUUGCCGGUGCAGCAGCAGCACGUAGGCGGCAGAAACGAAGGCGCUUGAUCAUCCUUGGCUCUGGGCUCAUCGCUCUCAUCAUUCUCGCUGCCGUCAUCGCUGGAGUGCUCGCUUCAAAGUCCAAAUCGUCCAAAGCAGCUACACCUGCGGCGAGUGAUGGGUCCAGCAGCAGCGCUGCUGCUAGCACCACUGCUGCUGCGCCGACGAGCACGACGUCUGUCGAGACACGCCUCUGGACCGGCGGCGCUGGCUCCACAGUAACCACAGAGACUGGAAGCACCUUCAUUUACAACAAUACGUUCGGCGGGUUCUGGGUUGCUACGCCUUUUAAUGACUCUGCUCAGCCUCAGUCGGACGUGCCAGCACUGUCUCAGGCCUGGGAUUACAACACCAUGGACAUUGCGGGCGUCAACCUUGGCGGCUGGCUCGUGCUCGAGCCGUUCAUUACUCCUUCGCUUUAUGAGCCUUAUGAGACGAGCGCUACGCCCGCUAUUGACGAGUAUACGCUCUGCCAGAACCUCGGCACCUCGAUGCAGUCUACACUCACCAAUCACUAUGAUACCUUCAUCACCGAAGAGGACUUUGCACAAAUCGCUGCAGCAGGUCUCAAUUGGGUCAGAAUACCACUCGGAUUCUGGGCAAUUGAAACUCAAGGCAACGAGCCGUUCUUGGAGGGCGUUUCUUGGACUUACUUCCUCAAGGCGAUCACUUGGGCUCGCAAGUACGGUCUGCGUAUCAACCUCGACUUCCACGCAAUGCCAGGUUCGCAGAACGGCUGGAACCACAGCGGCAAAUUUGGUCAGAUUGGCUUUAUGAAGGGCGUCAUGGGCAUCGCAAAUGCAGAACGCGCGCUAGCAUACGUCAGAACACUCGUCGAAUUCAUCUCGCAGCCAGAAUAUGCCAACGUCAUCCCGAUGUUCAGCUACCUCAACGAAGCUCGCAUCAGCUCGACUGAUAAUGGCAUGAAUCUGAUCGACCAAACCGAUCUAUCGCGCUAUCAUUACCAAGUAUAUCAGACUUCCCGAGCCAUCACAGGCACUGGCGCUGGUAACGGCCCCUUGCUUGUUCUACACGAUGGUUUCAUCGGCGAACCUGCAUGGGUCGGAUUCUUGGCUGGCGCAGAUCGUCUUGGUCUCGAUUUCCAUGGCUACUUCGCCUUUGGCACACAGAACAACGAUGGCGUCGCAUACCAGGCCACCAAGCCUUGCACGUUCUGGGGCGCGAACAUGGCCACGUCGAGCCAAAACUUUGGUCUCACGAUGGGUGGGGAAUAUUCGCUGGCAAUCAAUGACUGCGGCCUGUUCGUCAACAACGUCGGCUAUGGCAGCCGUUACGACGGUACAUACCCCAAUGCGACAUCUCCGACAACAACAGCUGUUGGAGAUUGUGAUACGUGGAACGACUGGACGACUUGGUCGGAUGCAACGAAGGCGGGCUUGAUGGAUAUGGCUCUCGCCUCGAUGUCUGCGCUCGGCAACUCCUUCUUCUGGACCUGGAAGAUUGGACCAUCUACUCAGUCGUCUGUCCUGCCCAACGCUUUCUGGCACUACAAGCUAGGUCUCGAGAAUGGAUGGAUUCCCACCAACCCUCGCAACUCUGCCGGAUUCUGUGCAAGCUAUCUAGCCAGUCAAGGCAUCGCAGAGCCGUCCGGCAUGGUCUUCUCAGGCAGUCUCGCGGCAAGCGCGACUGGCGGCGGACCUGCGAGCGUCACAGCGGCGCAAGUCUCCAGCUUUGGAGCCUGGCCACCUCCCACUACGCUCGGCACACUCAGCCCCGCUAGCUAUCUGCCUACUCUCGCCACAACAGGCACACCCAUCACACUGUCAGCAUCGACACCGACUGCCUACCCAGUCGGAUCGCCGACAGCGAGCGUCGGCAACGGCUGGGCAGAUGCGUCCGAUACCGCUGGCUAUUACACGAGCGAUGCAGCGUGUACGUACAUCGAUCCUUACGAAGGGAACGGUGUUGCCGUCGACGGACCUUACUGUAACGGUGCGGCAAGACGAGCGAAACGAGCUCAGCCGACCUCACCACCCGCAUAA